CCAUGGGCAGAUCCCAGUGCCUGGUGCGGGGUGAGGGGAGGAAAUGGGGUUUGUGGUGAAGCCCAGGGCUGAGCAGACGCCUGCUUUGGGAAGGAAACACUGGGUUUCUCCCAGGCAGGAGCUGCUGCUUGCGGAAGACUGGAACAGCCGGCUGUCACCCAAACAUUGUCCCCUGUGCUGACAAACACUGGCACCAGCCACAGCCCCUCAAAGAGCGGGGAAAGUUCCUCCCCAGUGGCAGCACCUGUGCCAGCAGCUCUGCUGUUGCAGCUGCCCCGGGAAGCUGCUGAGCUGAGCGCUUGUGAGUGGUGUGGAGAGGCGAGAGGCCUUUUGGGCUGCCCGUUCCCGGGAUGGCAGCGGCGCUGGCCGUGCCUCUGGCGGUGGCUCUGGUGCUGCUGGCUGCCGAGGCGGUGAAGGAGCCGCUGCUGAACGUCUGCAUGGACGCCAAACACCACAAGAGCGAGCCGGGCCCCGAGGGGAGGCUGUUCGAGCAGUGCUCCCCCUGGAAGGACAACGCCUGCUGCACAGCCAACACCACUCUGGAAGCCCACAAGGACCAGUCCUACCUCUACAACUUCAACUGGAACCACUGUGGGGUGAUGCCACCCAAAUGCAAGCGCCACUUCAUCCAGGACAUGUGCUUGUACGAGUGCUCCCCCAACCUGGGGCCCUGGAUUGAGCAGGCUGACAGCAGCUGGCGUCGGGAGAGGAUCCUCCACGUGCCCCUCUGCAGGGAGGACUGCGAGGAGUGGUGGCAGGACUGCAAGGACGCCCUCACCUGCAAGGAGAACUGGCACAAGGGCUGGAACUGGGCUACAGGAACCAACCGCUGUCCCUGGGGCUCCAUGUGCAGACCCUUCAGCCAGCUCUUCCCCCGCCCCAAGGACCUGUGUGAGAAGAUCUGGUCCAGCUCCUUCCAAUACAGCCGCGAGCCCCGGGGCAGCGGGCGCUGCAUCCAGAUGUGGUUCGACCCUGCCCAGGGCAACCCCAACGUGGCUGUGGCCAAGUUCUACGCCUGGAGAAAGAGAUCCUCCCCGGCUCCCGGGAGCGGCCGGGCCGCGCGGGCGCUGCCCUGCUCCGAGCUGCUCCUGCUGCCCCUGGCCCUCGUGCUGCUCCCCGGGGGCUCGGGGCUCCCUGCGACCCCUCUGUGAGGGGCACGGCCUGGGCUGCUCCAGCUGCCCUGCAAGAGGAACCGAACAAGUAACUCUCUCUCUGUGUCUGUCUGUCUGUCUGUCUGUCCCAGCAGCAGAAGCUGUGCUGCUGACCUUGGCACCCCCUCUUGGCUGCUGACCAGAGCAGGGAUUUUCUUGCCUCUGGGGGAAGAGCAGUGCAAGCUCUGCUCUGAUGUGGGAGCUCCUGCACAUCAGUUCCCCCCCACGGCCGUGUGCUGGCCUGGCUGAGCCCUGGUGUCUGGGCUGCUGUGACUCCCUGAAGGGUGGCUUUGACAAUAAAGUCUGGCUCUGGAUCA